AUGGAAAUUCAGUUCCAAAAACAACAACAGCAGGAGGAGGAAAAGGUCCCUAAUAUGAAGAGCAAAUUUGUAGGGGUGAGACAAAGGCCAUCUGGGAAAUGGGUGGCUGAGAUCAAGAACACAACUCAAAAGAUCAGAAUGUGGCUCGGAACUUUUGAUACAGCGGAGGAAGCAGCUAGGGCCUACGAUGAGGCUGCCUGUCUCCUCCGCGGCAAGAAUGCCCGAACCAACUUUCUCUCCUCCAAUCAUUCACCCCCUUCAAAUCCUGCCCUUUCUCUCAAGAUCAGGAACCUUCUCAACAAAAAGAAGGCCAGUUCCAAACAAAUCAACACGACCAUCAAUAUAAAACCAGUUUCUAAUCAAACCACCACCACCACCAUCGUCACCCCGACAAAUUAUUCACUGGCUAGUACAAGUCCACAAGAUAGUAGUAGUAAUGGCAGCAGCAGCAGCAACUACAAUUAUAAUAAUAUCAUCUACUGUGAUGCCUACAGACCUGAUUUAAGCAACUGCAACAUAGGAUCAUACGAAUUGGGUUUGACUCAAUUCAAUGAUUCAUCGUCGUCGUCAUCACCAAUAUCCUCAUUCGGAUAUGCGCCAGAAUUCAACAAUAAUAUCUGUUUGGAUCAACAAGAAGGUGGGAUCAUUGAAUCUCAGAUCUCCCACAUGGACAAUGACAUGAAUAAUGAGUAUUGGGAGAAUUUCCAAUUCCAUGAUGCUUUUUUGGAUCUUCCAAUGUUGUCUCAAAUGUUCUGCCCAAGUUAA